UUAAAAUCGUUCAAGCAUAGGGGAGCUAAAAUUUCAAAAUUUGCAUCACUCUAAUGAUGGGUCUAUAUAUGCAUAGCAUAGCCAUAUCCUACAGGAAUCUGUUUCAAAAUUAACCGUUCGGAAGUCAGGUCAUUAUUAGGUUCUAUAAUAAUGUGAAGCAACGUCCUGCAAGAUGAAUAGCGUCUCUAUCCAACUGGGAGCAAAAUAUCAAGUUAAAGAAGUAGAAAUUGGAAAUUCCCAUCAGAAUAUAGGUCACCUGGUUCACAGUAGCAACGUUCAACGAUUUCGUUAGCAUCACAAUUUAAAUUAUGAUGAUGAUGGGUUUGCUUAUGCAAUGUUAUCUCAACAUGAUAACAGCAGAUCCAUAUAGGGCACUGCAUACUGAAUAUGUAAUGCAUCACCACUAUGUGCAUAUGAUGAGUGAAGCAUGUUUUAGUCGCUUGUCAGUCAUAGAGUGCAUUAAUUCAUUGUUAGUAGCUUAGUAAUUGGUAUGGCAUUUGAAUUUAGUGAGACGGAAAAUCCUGUAUACAAGGAAACUUAUGCUGGAUUCAAGCAGCAAGACUGUAUACUGGUCAAACCUAAGGAUUACAGCAAUGUGCCAAUCACCAUUCCUAAUUGGGAACCAGAACCAUGCUAUUUGAACUCCAGGUACGAUGAUAAAAUUCCAAUUAAAGUCAAAUAAUAGACACCAAGUCGUGUGGUUUCAGAUAUCGAGCAAUGGCUCAGCAAAUAAAGGAAUUUGAAGUAAGACCAGACGACGUUUGGUUGGUCACAUAUCCUAAAAGCGGCACAACCUGGUGCCAGGAAAUGAUUUGGCUUAUUUGUCAUAAUCUGGAUUACGAAAAAGCUGCUGCACACAAGUUGGGUGAACGGUGGUGUUAUCUGGAGUUUGGCUCCAAAACGGACGUACCGGAUCCUUUCAAAACUAUCACUUCGGCGCCAUCACCAAGAUUCAUCAAGAGUCAUUUACCGGCUUCGCUGCUACCGGAUCAGAUAUGGACAGUUCGACCGAAAAUGGUCUACGUCAGAAGGAAUCCCAAAUCGGUUGCAGUAUCCUACUUUCAUCAUACAGUUUCGAUGCAUGGCUACUCCGGGACGAAGGAGCAAUUUGUACGUGCUUUCAUAAAUGAUCAAGUGCUCAACUCUCCAUAUCAUGAGCACGUGAUUGAAUUCCACCAUUUGAAUUAUCCAGAUAACUUGCUGCAUCUGUGCUUCGAGGAUAUGAAGAAGGUUCGUUUGUCGCUCAAAUUUGAUUCAAAAUAGUAAUAUACGCUUCUGGUUUAGGAUUUGAAAAGCACUCUUCAUCGGGUUUGUGAAUUUUUCAACAAAUCCUUCUCUGACGAGCAACUGCAAAAGUUGGCCAAUCAUUUAUCGUUUGAUUCGCUCAAGGACAAUAAAGCGGUAAACUUUUCGGGAUUCACCGAAAAA